AUGUCCAUUUUCCUUCCCAGUCCCUGGAGGAUAGUGGAUGACUGUGGAGGAGCCUUCACCAUGGGGGCCAUAGGAGGAGGCAUUUUCCAGGCCAUCAAGGGCUUCAGGAAUUCCCCAGUGGGGGUGAACCACCGGCUCAGGGGGAGUCUGACAGCCAUCAAAACCAGAGCUCCACAGCUGGGAGGUAGUUUUGCUGUCUGGGGAGGUCUCUUCUCCAUGAUUGACUGCAGUAUGGUCAGGAUGAGAGGGAAAGAAGAUCCAUGGAAUUCCAUCACCAGUGGUGCCCUGACUGGAGCCAUUUUAGCUGCAAGAAAUGGUCCUGUGGCCAUGGUUGGAUCUGCUGCCAUGGGAGGGAUUCUCCUGGCCCUCAUUGAAGGAGCUGGAAUUCUGCUGACAAGAUUUGCAUCCACACAGUUCCCAAAUGGCCCACAGUUGUCAGAGGAUCCCUCCCAGCUCCAGCCCUCCCCGUUUGGCGAGUACAGACAGUACCAGUGAUGGUCCCAUCUCCUCC